AUGGAACGGAUUUCAAAACCAGAAUAUAUACAAGGCUGGCUCGAAAGUCUCGAUAACACAACAGAUACCCCGCACCAACACUUCGCAUCAUGUUUAGAGAAAAAGAGAAUCAAAUCUAGCUCACGUCUCCGUCAAUUUCACAAGCAGCAGCAACCGAACCUUUCCACACAAUCAAACAUGGAAUCCAACAACAGGCAUAAUUUGCGCCCUCGUCCUCGAGUAAUCUAUACUGAACAGCAAUCCAGAACAGCUCGACAAGGGAAACCUCUCUCUAAGGCUCUGCUUCCAACUGCACCAACUCGUGGAACAAAACGGAGAAGAACAAAUGAAGAGACAGAGUUCCCCGAUGAAGUUGCAGGUUACUCAACCUUCGCGACUUCAGCAAAAUCUUCGAGAAGACAGCUUUUGAUGCUUAAAUAUGCGCAAUCAAGCGUAAAAAACCUUUUUCAACAAAGAUAUCCCAUGGAAGCCGCGGUAUCUGAACUAGAUCGUGGCGAGCAAGCUGUCCCUACAGCCCAAGGUCAAGAGCUUUUUCGGGCCAUAAACACAGCUUAUCGUUUGGCAGACGAAGCUUUUCAGGACCUUGGAGAUGAAGAUACAUGGUCAAUCAGUGCCUCAGAAAUCUUAAAGAGGUUUAUUUCUACGGAUGAAACUGUGCCCAGCUUCCUUAGUGUUGUCCCGGUCCACAACAUUUCGAUCGCUCCAUCUGAUUUGAUGCCUAAAGUUGACCAUUUAAUUCCCUUCAAAAAGGUGGAUUAUCUUAUUUCAUUCUCAUCGAAACAUGGAGACGUUGGCCCUCUGACUUCCGCUGCUCUAAAAAGUCAAAGAGAUUUGUCACUAUCUCAAACCCUAGAUCCCCGGGUCGGGUCUACCCCACACUUUGUGGCGGUUGAGGUUAAAACACCUGACGGCGCUUACUUGCCUUCGAGUGUCCAAUUGGUGACAUGGAUGGCAGCUGGGCUUGAAAAGGUCAGACAGUUGAAGGAGGAAGCAGAACAGAUCUCAAAGGAACCGGAGCAAGGAGACAUACUAUUACCCUUCAUUGGGAUUAGUGUAACUGGUCACAUUUGGAACCUCCUGAUAACAGCCAAAGCAGAAGAUGGGACUGUGACAAUGUAUGGUCCCAUUAUUAUGGGUGACACGUUGACCUUUGAGGGUGUUUUCCGACUUUUCAUGGUUAUCGAUGAGAUCAAGUCCUGGGGAGAAAAUGUCUAUUGGCCAUGGAUGAAAGGGCGCAUUCUCGAGCCUUUAGCUAAUAUUGAAGCCAUUCAGCAGGAGGAUGUAGCUAGUGCGUCUGGAGAUAGGGAUAGCUGA